AUGGCGGCAAUUGGCAACUGGCAAGCGUCGCCAGUUCAAGCAUUGAGCCAAGCGGAGAGCCGACUUCAGGCUGGAAGACAAGCAGGAUGCCCUGGGCGAAGCUGGCGUCCCUCACCGGGCAAGCUCGACAGAGUGUCAGGUGUCCUGGCAUUGGCCUCGAUUGGAGCUUUGCGAGCUCGACGGGCCAACAAGGUUGCUCUGGCUGCUGCUCGCCCUCAAGGCGUCUUGCAGCCUGAGUGGGCUGCCGCACUCCGUUCUGGCAAGGCACCCCGAAGUAGCGGAGAUGGCUCGAUUGGCCCGGGUUCGGGCCCACUUCGUUUUGACCUCAUUGGAGGGCCCAGCGAGGGAGAAAGCGAGCUCAUGCUGUAUCUGUCCGACAUCGACUUCACUGGGACGGUACCGGCGGUGCAGUUUCCAAGUCUUGUGGACAGCUUCGAGCUUUGGCGAUGCACUCUGCCCGCAGAGGACCGGAAGACCGGCUUUGCCGAGCUGGCUCGGGCGGUGGAGGAGUGGCUGCGCCAGCAAGUUGCAGAAGGGCGCAGAGUCGUGCUCGUCGGCGAUGGCUUUGGCGGCCUGCUGGCCCUCGCAGUGGCUCUACAGCUAGGCCGGGCAUUGAAGGGGCUCGUGCUCGUGAACCCUGCCACGGGCCUCGUGCAGAAGCCUUGGCAAAGCCUGGGCGCACUGCCGGUGAAGCCUCUCGCGGAGUUGUUGCAGGGAGCCCCUGCAGUUGGAGGGCAGGCGAGCUUCGAGCAUGGGCUCGGAGAUUUGAUCGUUAAGGCAGCCACGAGUGCAGCUGGCUUCCGGUCGGCUGCCUUGGCUGCUCGGAGUGGGACGCUUGAUUUUCGGCUCAGGGCUUGGCUUCGAGACGGCUGGGAAGCUGUGUCCUGCGACCUGCGGCGCCCUGCCAGCCGAACUUCUCUGCCGGCGACUCUGCUGACAUUCUCCAAGGAGGACGCGCUGUUGCCCUCCUCCAGCGAAGCAGGCGAGCUGCGAGGAUUGCUCUCAGAGCGCUGCCUCACAGGUCGACUGCAGGUUAAGGAGCUGGAGAGCAGAAGUCAUGAGCCCUUGGCCAGCGACAUCGACUUUGCAAAGAUUGUGAAGGAGUCCCCAAUCUUUGCUUACAAGGAUCCCGUCACAGGUUACGAGUUCCCAAGCUUGGAGGAGCUUGAAGAGGGCUCCCAGAGUGUGGAGAGGAUCGCCUCGGUAGUCUCCCCGGUCUUCUGCAGUUUCGAUCCUUCCUCCCCUUCCUUGCGCUCCUUCGGUCUGGCCGGCGUCCCCACGCCGGCGGAGGCUGGAGAUCGUCCGGUGCUUCUGGUAGGCAACCACCAAAUCGGUGGUCUGGAUCUUGGGCCGCUGGUCCGGGAAUUCCUGGUGACGCGGGGCGUGGUUGCGCGAGGCCUCGCCUACCCUGGCGCCAUGCGUCGGAUGACGACGGAUCAAGGACCUUCACAAUUCCAAACCUUUGGCGCCGUCCCGGUCUCACCUCGGAACAUCUUCAAACUUCUGCAGCAAGGAGAAAUGGUGCUGCUUUUCCCCGGCGGUGUGCGAGAGGCCUUGCAUGGUCCGGGGGAGGCCUACAAGCUUUUCUGGCCAAGCAAGACGGACUUUGUCCGGGUCGCCGCCCGCUUUGAUGCGCUCGUGGUGCCAUUUGCUGGAGUUGGGGCAGACGACAAUGUCCAGGUCCUAGCAAACUCUAGAGAACUUCGGAGUAAGGCAGAGGAGCUGCUACCCUUCAUGGCCCGCAGCCAGCCGAAAUCUGGUGGCCUUAUGCCGGUCUCCGAGUCCCUAGAGGCGGGUAUGAGCGUUCCGUUCAUGGCUCCGCCACUGUCGCUGGCAACGCAAUCAAGCCCGGGCAUUGGGGAUCGCUUCUACUUCAGCUUCGGCAAGCCCGUUGACUUGAAAGAUGUGAGCCCCAAGGACAAGAGCGCUUGUAAGAAGGCUUACGCCAGCAUCCGCAAAGCCGUUGAGCAGGAGCUGGAAUGGCUGCAGCAGGCACGCUUGGAGGAUCCUUUCCGCGACCUGCUCCGACGCCAGCUGUUCGAGCGCGUGGCCAGCAUCGAGCCCUCCAUGCGGCGCAUCCCGGAGGGCCCCUUGGAAGGCCAAGUCGUGAGGACUUACGCCAACCGGGCGCCAUCGUUUCCGGUUGAAGACCUCCCACCGCCACAGACCGAUUCUGUUUCUGACGAGGACGAGGAGUGA